AUGAAGUUCCUCACUGGAUUGUCACUGCUAGCCCUUGUUUCUCCAUCCCUGUGCGUCCCCGCCGUCCAGUUCCAUGCACGCAAUGAUGCUGGUGCCACCGAACAGCUAUUGAUCAAGCUCAAGCCGCAACGGACUUCUUCCCGCGAGCUUGUGAAUCUGGAUGGGCUGUGGAAAUUUGCCCUCGCAGCCAGCCCCAACGACACAGCCCAGCCGUGGACAGCGCCCUUGCCCAAGGGCCUUGAAUGUCCAGUCCCUGCCUCGUACAACGACAUCUUUGUGGAUCCUGAGAUCCAUAACCAUGUCGGGUGGGUGUACUACCAGCGUGAUGUGAUCGUCCCCAAGGGCUGGACUCAGGAGCGAUAUCUGGUGCGAGCUGAAUCUGCUACGCACCAUGGUCGGAUCUAUGUCAAUGACCGUCUUGUUGCUGAACAUGUGGGUGGCUAUACACCUUUUGAGGCAGACAUCUCGGAUAUUGUUGCCCCUGGAGAGAGCUUCCGCUUGACGAUUGCUGUCAAUAAUGAGCUUACCCAUGAGACCAUCCCGCCUGGAAAGAUCGAGAUCGGGGAAGCCACGGGCAGGAGAAUACAGACCUACCAGCAUGACUUUUAUAACUAUGCUGGUCUUGCUCGGUCUAUUUGGCUUUACUCUAUCCCUCGCCAACACAUCCAGGACAUUACCGUUGUCACGGACGUUGAAGGACAGAGUGGCCUGAUACGUUAUGAUGUGAAAGUGGCCAACACGUCUGGCAACAGCACCUCUCGGCAGAUCAAGAUCACUGUGAUUGAUGAGGACGGGGUUGCUAUUGCAAAUGCCACCGGGGCCAACGGGACCGUCAAGAUCAACUCUGUUAAGUUAUGGCAACCGGGUGCCGCGUAUCUCUACCAGUUCCGUGCCAGCAUUGUGGACUCCAAUGGCAAGGUCGUCGACACCUACAGCGUGGCUACGGGCGUGCGCACCGUCAAAGUAAGCGGAAAGAAGUUCCUUAUCAACGACAAGCCCUUCUACUUCACCGGGUUUGGAAAACACGAAGACACCGCAGUGAGUGGCAAGGGUCAUGACCAAGCCUACAUGGUCCAUGAUUUCCAGCUGAUGCAGUGGAUCGGAGCAAACUCUUUCCGCACAUCGCACUACCCCUACGCCGAAGAAGUCAUGGACUUUGCUGACCGCAACGGCAUCGUCGUGAUCGAUGAGACACCUGCUGUCGGUCUGAACCUUGGCCUGUCCUUCGCCGGGGAUACAUCCAUACGCACCUGGUCCCAGGAAAACAUCAACAACAACACCCAAUCAGCCCACAAGCAAGCCCUCCGCGAGCUUGUGGCGAGGGACAAGAACCACGCCAGCGUCGUCAUGUGGUCGAUUGCCAAUGAGCCCGCCUCAAAUGAAGACGGAGCGCGCGAAUACUUCGAGCCGCUGACCAAGUUAACUCGUGAAUUGGACCCCACGCGCCCGAUUACCUUUGCCAACGUCGGCGGCGCAACCUGGGAUCUCGACAAGAUCACCGACCUGUUCGACGUCACCUGCCUGAACCGGUACUUCGGCUGGUACUCAGAGACCGGCGACCUUGCCGAAGCAGAGGCCGCCCUGGAAAAGGAGCUGCGCGGCUGGCAGGAUAAGUUUGAUCGCCCAAUGAUCAUGUCCGAGUAUGGCGCCGAUACGAUUGCAGGGCUGCAUUCAGUGCUGGGUGUGCCCUGGAGCGAGGAGUACCAGACCCAGAUGCUGGAGAUGUACCACCGGGUGUUUGACCGUCUGGAGGCAAUGUCUGGCGAGCAUGUUUGGAACUUUGCCGACUUCCAGACCAGCUUGGGCAUCUUCCGGGUCGAUGGUAACAAGAAGGGGGUCUUCACCAGAAACCGCCAGCCCAAGGCAGCGGCACACAGUCUGAGGGCCCGGUGGACCAACCUGCACAAGGAAUAG